AUGCCCAGAGCCUUCCUGGUGAAGAGGCGAAGCCCGCAGCCGGCCAGCCGCAGCUGGGAUGAGCUGCCGGACGAGGAGCGAGCGGACACCUACAUCCCAGGAGGGAUAAGCUGCGUGCUGCUGAACUACCGCAUUGAAGACAGCUGCAGCUUGGAGAGCAAUGGCAGCAGCGCCACCAGCACCAGGGAGGCUGAGCGGAGUGAUCCCCCGACUCCUCAGCCAGCAGCCGAGAUCGGGAACGCAGAGGGGACCCUUUUGGACUUGGCCAUGAAGCGCCCAGUGGUCAGAUCGAAAAUCAAGUUCACGACUGGUACCUGCGACGGUGCGGCGCUGCACAAUUGUGAGCUGUGUGGCAAAGGCUUUCGCUUGCAGAGGAUGCUCAACCGUCACGUGAAGUGUCACAGCCAAGUAAAGAGACAUCUAUGCACCUUCUGUGGCAAAGGUUUCAAUGACACCUUUGAUCUGAAGAGACACGUAAGGACCCAUACAGGAAUUCGUCCUUACAAAUGUGAGAUCUGCAACAAGGCAUUUACCCAGCGAUGUUCUCUGGAAUCCCACCUUAAAAAGAUCCACGGGGUGCAGCAGCAAUAUGCGUACAAACAGCGGCGCGAUAAACUUUACGUCUGCGAAGAUUGCGGCUACACGGGCCCAACGCAAGAGGACUUGUAUCUGCAUGUCAAUAACGCUCACCCCGGGAGUGCUUUCCUCAAGAAAACCUCUAAAAAGCUGGCAGCAGUCUUACAGAAUAAACUGACAUCUGUCCUGCAGAGGAACCCGGAAGAUGAUGAGGAAGACGAGUAA